GGAAGUGUGUGGCCUGUUUGGCAAAUGCUGUUCUACAUGACAGCGUGAACUUCACAACACACUCAUUCGACCGGCUGCUCCUCGACCUGAUCAGCCAAACCUUGCUGGCAGCAUGCAAGCUGCAUUAUGACUACUGCUUUUUUGGAGAAAUACUGCAAGCUGGAAUACCAUACCUAGCAUUUAAAGAGAUACCAGUGCCUAAAAGCUGAAAGGAUGUACAUUUUGAUUACUGAGGAACACAAGUUCUGAAGAGCUUCGACAGAAUUAGAGAGAGCAAUGGGAAAUACUAUGAAAACGCCGCGAGCCUCAGCAGAAACAAGUGUGUCGAGCCAAACGGGUCAGGAGAGUGAUUUCCUUGCUGUCCUCUAUGAUUAUCCCUCAGCAGACAUAAGCCAACCUAUAUUUCAUGUAGGAGAAAAACUACGUGUGCUAUCAGAUGAAGGAGGCUGGUGGAGAGUCCAUUCCCUCACAACAGGUCGAGAAAAUUAUAUUCCAGGAAAAUAUGUAGCAAAGGUUUACCAUGGCUGGUUGUUUGAAGGGCUGGGGAGAGAAAAAGCAGAGGAACUUCUACAGCUUCCCAACACCAAGGUCGGCUCCUUCAUGAUCAGAGAAAGUGAAACUAGGAAAGGAUUAUAUUCAUUGUCAGUGCGGCACAGGCAAGUGAAGCAUUACAGGAUCUUCCGCCUUCCAAAUAACUGGUAUUACAUCUCUCCACGGCAAACCUUUCAGUGCCUUGAAGACCUUGUGAAUCACUACUCAGAAGUUGCUGAUGGUCUCUGCUGCGUCCUUACAACGCCUUGUCUCACCCAGUGCACUAACAACGGUGUUAUGAGCCAAGUUCCUCCUGUGGUGAUGCGGAACAAAAACUUCAACUGGAGAAGCAUACACAGGCUGGAGGUGACUGAAGAUACUGAAAGCACGCUGGCAGCAAUAGAUGAUUCUUGUCUCAGCUAUGGCCUAAGGGAAAGUAUCGCUUCCUACCUCUCCUUAGCAGGGGAUGACAACUCUUCUUUUGCAAGUGCCAGAAAGAAGAAAACCCAGUCUCUUAUAUACACAGGAAGCAAACGUAAGAGUACCCUUCACUUGCCAACUACGUACUAUGAAGACUGAACCUAAGACAAUCUGAAAAAAAAAGAACUGAAGAGUUAGAAAAAACCCAGAGCAUCCUGUGGUCCUGCAGUCCUUUGACAGCUGAGAAACACAAGCACACCAGCUGAAGACCAAAUGCUGGCUAUGCUUUUGCACUUCCUCUUCUGAAUGUUGACCAGAGACCUUUUCUAGGGUCAGCUCAGCCACAGCAUAGGCUGGGAACAGGCCUGGUGUACCUGAAAUUAGAACCUGCUCUCAAACAAGAUGAACGGAGAGAGACUCUUAGAAAAGAGCAAACAAAGCAGGGACUCUUCAGUAUGGAUGAUGUCCACCACUGUACACAGGCGACUGUGUCGGGAAGGACUAGCUAGAACUUAAGACCUUAGUUUAAGUCUUACUCCAGUAUUAUCCACUGAAAAACACCUUCACAGCACCUCCCCACACUGAGAAGUGGAGCUUCUUUAUUCUCAAUAUAGAAUCAUUUUCUGAUGCAAUAUCACUGAAAAUGAAAGUCCUCAAUAAACCCAAGAAAAUAUCUAAUAUCUAGCAUCCAAGGAAGAUCGCAUGAUAUCAAGUCUAUACUGCCGUUUUUACCUUCUUGGGAGAAAAAAAUAAAAUAAAAUCACUGGUUUUUCAAGUGACUUGUAAUUGUGCUGCUCAUAGUGGCCAGCUGUGUCAAAGAGGUCCAAAACCUACUAACAGACUUAACUCACUGAGAAGAGCAGUUCCUAUUUAGCUGUGAGGUGAGAGUAAAGGCAUAUCCAAAUGCAGAACUCAGCUGCUCAUAGUCUAGCAGUUAUUUAGAGAACAAAUUUUUUUUUUAACAGAAAUGUAAAAAGUGGUAAUAUCACACCUUACUGCCAAGGUAGGCUUGCACAGGUGCAAUCUUUUAUGUGUAGGACACCAGAUUUUAGUAUCACCUCCUGAAGACACCCAAUAUUUAUGUAUAAUAUUUAUAUUAAUAUUGACUUUUUUAAUAAUUGAACUAUAGAGUAAAUUAGCAAGAGCAGAUAUUACAGAGUUUUCUGCAUUUCUUGUCUGAAGCAAGUUAUAUUAAACAGCAACAAAACAUUUCAUUAAAUUGCUUUAGUGAUUUGUAAAUUGAUUGCCUUAAAUUUCACAGAUCAGAGCGUUUUUUUCAUAUAUCUGUAUCAUUUACCAAUCUAUACAGAAGCAGAUAGCAUGGUCCUUUGAACUGGAUUUGCGACUGCCUUCUAAAUCAAGUAGUCGCUCCCAUUCAGGAGUGUAAAAUGCGGCAGACUAUGUACCUGAAUGGAGAUCUUUUUGAUCAAAUAUUCUGUUGCACAGAUUACAGUAACAAAGUGUAGACACAGAGGGAAUUGGGUUUAUAUAUAUAUAUAUAUGUAUAUAUAUAUAUAUGUAUACAUAUAUAUAUAAAUACGCACACACAUAUAUUUCCUGUAAAUACCUCUUAACACAAAUCUGUGUGCUCUUUAGAUCUUACAACAGAUCAUUUACACUAGCAAUGGAAAUUCAGAGGUGAAACCAGUUCACAGCCUGCUUAAAUAUAGUUUGGAACUUUAAAGUGUGAAUGUAAUUUGGCUCACAGACAUUGAACACAACAAAGCAAAAUGAACUCAGGAACUCUAGGUGUUUGUAUAAUCUAAUAAUUGCUACUGAUUGUUAAUUUGUUAUUAUGGUGACUGCAUUUUAACCAAUGAAAUAUAUAUGCAGAGCAUUAUAGAUUUCUAAAUCAUGACUUGUAUUUAUUCAUUAAAAUGAUAUGUUAGCUUUAUCUGAA